CAAAUUGCUUAAAAUAUGUCAGCAAUUACAAGUCCAGUGUACUUUGAAUUAGGUCAGCAAGAUGUAAGUAUUGUCAAAUUCUGAAAGACAGAAUAGCCUAUGGUUGAUGUCAAUCGAGUCUGUUGGUUGAUGUUUGGUUGAGUACAUGUUCAGUACUAUCAAUUUAACACGAAAAUUUGUUGAAAACAAACGAUUAUUAUUAUCACUUAUAUUUUUAAUUGAUAAGAAUUAAAUAAGAAAAACAAAAAUGUCCAAAGAACAUGUAAAAACUAAGUCAGGAAUACCAGUGGUCGUAGAUGAACCCAGUAUAAGUGAGACAUCAUUACUAGUCACCGUCGAGGACCUGAUCAACAGGGCGAUGGGAUCACCAGAUGCAAAUAUAGUCGAUUUCAAACUCGUACGGUUGAUCCUUGAGAUUUUGGCAAAGCAACAGCGUAUACUGCUACAAAAAAUCGAAAUAAGAAUAACCGAAAUCCAACAAGAAAAGACAGCCGCAGACGAUUCCUCGGAAAAAUCUUUAUCCAAAAGUCCACCUCAGGCUAAAUCAUUUGAAAAGAUGGAGAAAACGGCACAGGUAGAACUAAAAAUAUUGCUAGAUAGAGAACAGGAAGAAACAAAUGAGUAUGAAAUGGCUGAAAAAAUAUCACAAAGAGAACUUUCAGAUGCAAGUCGCAUAGAGAUCACAGUUGAAAAAGCGCCGUCAAUUCAUUCUGAGACACGGUCUUCCAGUACUAUCGACUUCGUAACUAGGUCACAAUUUGCUUUUCUGGAAGCAGCUGUUGAUGAAUUAAAGAGUAUGACCCCUCCAAAGUCACUCCAGUUUCCUGGAAAUGAGAAGCUGAUGAGUGAUAUGAUGAAAGGCGCAGUGUCCUUACCCGAAGCAAUGAACACUUUACAGGUUGAAGAAAGAAUGAAGUCAGCAGAGAAAUCUGUAACUAGGAUUGUUGAAAUACUAACGCAGCUGGUAGCCGCCGGCGUGCUGCCCGAAGACAUUGCUGAACAAGUGGAAACUAUAAUACCACCUUCAUACGAAGAGGUUAAAGAAGAGGCAAUCCAAUCUCAGCCACUAGUCGAGAAAAAAUCAGUUGCCCUUGAUGCUAAAGCUACCCAAUCUCAGACCAUACGUGGCCUGGACUCGCAUCCUCCUAUCACUACUGAACCAUCCAUGGUUUCUAGGACUUCUGCAGUUUCUGGGCUUCCUAUGGCUUCUAGUACACUAAAAGUACCUUGUAUCACGUAUGAGGACAUGAGAGUGUAUUUAGAAGACCUGAAGGAUGAUAUUAAAAAAAUUGUUAAUAGAAUGAUAGGUAAAGUUACAGAAGUUACAGAGACAGCUAAACACAUGAACACGGCCGUAGCUGACAAAUUGAAUGUAGUUCAGAAGCUGGACAGUCGUAUAUCAGCUCUGCGCAUGCUACUGGAAGACGGUGCCAAUCAGUAUAGUGAGUUUGACUCCAUACUGACGAUUCAGUUGCGAAAUAUUAAAGAUCAAAUAGCACAAACGCUACCAAUUUUGAAAGAUGGCAUCGCUCGAUUGGCAGACGCGAACAACUAUGCUGAAGCUAAAGCCAUAAUGAAUCUGUUGGAAUGCUCCGAAGAGAUGAGCACUGAGCUAAGCAACUUGCUUUACGAAAUUAAGGGGCUGGUGUUAACGCAAACAGAGCAUAGAUCGCAAAUAAGGGCUGACUUAUCGACCCUGGUUGGAACGCUUUCGUAUGAGGACUUUGCGGCCGGCCGUGCUGACUUCAAGGGUCGUCUCGACCAUUGCCAUGAAAUAUUUAACCGAAGUAUUGCUUUGUGGGCGGCGGUUAUAAGAGACAUGAAAACCACAAUGGAUAAGAUGGUGGAUUUGGCUGAGCUGCUGACAGUGCGGGAUUCUGUGCAGGGUCAACUACAGACCCUGAACAAUAAGAUUAGAAUCGUAACUACCAUGCUUGGAGAUCCUCAGAUUGCUCGUACCAUGCGCAAGUUAGCGGUUAAUGCAACUUGUGGUUCUUGCCAUGAGCCUGCGCGGAUGGAACCCGUCGACGCAACAAGCGGCGUGCCGCCGCGACUACCUCCUCUGCGACCGGCGCCUGUCGCGGCGUCCAAGGAGCCCUGCAUCUCUGACUUGGUCAGAGCUUGGUUGCCAGAACCUCGGUCAGUAUUUAUAACUUCAUUAUGA